AUGGGUAACGGAAACAGCACCCCCUUCCAUGACUGUCUGAACAGCAUCUGCACCAACGGUAGCGCUUGUGUCAGGUACCCAAGCGAUCCACUCUUUGUCUGGUGGUCGAAGCCGUUCAAUGUCGAAUUUCCAGUCGUCCCAGCUGCUAUCAUACGACCUGACACUACGAUCCAAGUUGCAGAAACUGUCAAGUGCGCCAAGAAGUAUGGCUACAAAGUACAGGCAAAAUCUGGAGGUCACUCCUAUGGAAAUUACGGCUUGGGUGGUAAGGACGGAGCUGUUUCUAUCGACAUGGCCAACUUUAAAGAUUUCAGCAUGGAUAACAAGACGUGGUAUGCUACGUUCGGCUCGGGCUUGACUCUAGGCGAGUUGGAUGAGCAUCUGCAUGCAAACGGGAGACGAGCCAUCGCACAUGGAACGUGCCCGGGAGUAGGCACUGGAGGACAUUUGACAGUGGGCGGUCUUGGGCCAAUAUCUCGCCAGUGGGGAAGCGCGCUCGACCAUCUCCUCGAAAUCGAAGUGGUAACCGCCGACGGUUCUAUCCAGAGAGCCAGCUACACCAAGAACUCGGGUCUGUUUUGGGCUUUGCGCGGCGCCGGCGCAAGCUUUGGUGUUGUAACCAAAUUCAUGGUCAGAACUCACCCAGAACCUGGCAGAGUCGUCCAAUACAGCUACAACAUUGCACUUACCUCGCAUGCUGAGACGGCCAAAUUAUACAGAGAGUGGCAGGCCUUGGUGGGAGAUCCAAACAUGGACCGUCGAUUUGCGAGCCUCUUUGUUGUUCAACCUCUAGGAGCGCUCAUUACCGGGACAUUCUUUGGCACAAAGACUCAAUACCUGGCCACUGGCAUCCCUGCUCGACUUCCUGGAGCCGGUAAAGGUGCUGUAUGGAUUACGGACUGGGCGGGUCUUUUACUUCACGAUGCAGAGGCAACUGGAUGUGCUUUGGCCAGUAUACCGACAGCUUUUUAUAGUAAAUCGCUAUCCCUCAGCGAACAGGAUUUGCUCAAUGACACGGCAAUCACUGACCUCUUCAAAUACUUGGAAGAAAAUCGCAGCGGAUUGUCACCUGUUACAAUCAUCUUCAACACUGAAGGCGGCGCAAUGAUGGAAACACCUGCCAAUGCGACGGCAUACCCACACCGAAACAGUAUCAUCAUGUAUCAAUCCUACGGUAUCGGAGUGGGGAAAGUGUCGGCAUCGACACGGAAUCUCUUGGACGGAGUUCAUGAGCGGAUCCAGCGGUCGGCUCCGGGCGCCCUCUCCACUUACGCCGGAUCUUCAAUCUAUACACCAUCUGUGAACAUAUUGAGAGUUGAUUGGCUUGGGAUUUAUACGUUUGUGAAAGACAUCUCAUAA